AUGGCCGGCAAAGACAAAGAGAAAGUGAACAUCUAUGAGGAUGAGGAUGACACUGCAGAAGAGCGCCAGGACUCUCAUGAAGCCGCUCCAUCUAGCUCACGCGAUAGCCAGGCUACUAGAGAUGCACAACGCGCUCACGAGGAAGGUGUCGCUCGCGCAGCUAAAAUAACCAGCGAGAACUGGCUCUCAGUUGCUCCUUACCCAGUACAGAGUCAGAUUCCUCCCGCCACGAGCUAUAGUUCGAUGCUAACAUUGAUUCUUUUCAAGCUGAUCGAUCCAAAAAUUACUGCUGAAGCGGCAAUUGAAGCUCUCAAAAAGCGAGGUCACUGGCAUCCAGAUGAAAAUGGAAUCCCGUCUAUAUUACAAGCCUUGCUGACAGGCUAUUUUCAACCACGAAAGAACACUUACCAACCUGAAAAGGUGCUAAUUACUCAAUUGACCCUAGACUGCCGAGUCCUCCACCUUUGUCGAUUGAAUGAUGUGACUAACUUUGACGCCUCAGCAGAAAGUAAACGGCAAGAAGCGUUUGGGUUCUCCGCUGAAGGUUUCCGCGCCGAAAGGGCGCUGUCGCUAACAUUACCAUCUACACAUAGAGAGGGGGUCGUCGCGAACCGAAAGGACCAGCCCCAGUCCGUACCACAGCUAAUUGAUCCAGUGCAUCGUCAAAUUGCUAACUUUUAUAGAAACGGCGUAAUCGCGGCAUCAAAAAGGAUCUUCCACCUCUAUCUCCCGCUGGUCCCAUGCCUUAUAGCCCGCCGCAAAACCAAGAGGCCCGCUCUAACGAAUGCCAUCAAGACUCGCGAUAGGAAAGAACAAAAAAAACGUAGCGCGGGCGGUGUCUUCCCCAUUGCCGAACAGGAUCUUAUCAAGUGCAAGCACUUUGCUGCAACUGAAGCCGGUAUACCGAUUCGUGUCGAGAGCGGGACCAUGAUUUGUGUCGACUACAAAGAUUAUUCCAAAAUGGACAUUUACGCAAUCCAUCUAAUGCCGGAUAGUCCAUGCAUCGACGACAUUGUCAUAAUCAUCUCAAAGUCCAACGUUGCCUUCGCUCGCAUCGCAGCAGCCCAGAGUCCUGAGCAUGCACUUUUGAAUUGCAAACGUUUGACUUCUGCUCUCAACCCUUGGAUGGACCGCAGCGAACCUAUCAGCGUCUUCGUAUUCUGUCCACGAAAUGAGGCGGGUGAACCAUUUUACAUUACUCCGCACAAGAAUGACCGACUCAAUGCCGUUUACAAGCACUUUCAGGACUUCUCAAAGGGCUCCGGUACUAUAUUAUCUGACUCUUACUUUCCCGUUCCAUCAGGUGGCAUGUACUGCAGCAUCAAAGUCGGGCCAUUCGGCGAGGGCAAUGAUGGCAAGGUAGCUAAGAAUGCCAACAAGGCUUCGGUUCAGGGCAGCUCUGCUAUGUCGCUCGGAAAUAAGAAGGAUCUCGACUUCAACUUUGGUCAAAACGUUAGUCUAGAUUCCACCCAGGGAAGUAGUCAGGAUUACGACCUUGGCAUAUCCUCCGAUCUAAACCUCUGGUUUGACUCUGAAACUGGUCAGGAUUGGCUCCAAAACUUUGAACUGGAAUCUUUCCAGAAUACCGAACCAGAAAAUCCUCCAGUUGUCGACUCUGACCUUCUUACACGUCUCGAUAAACUUCACGAAAUGACUGGGGAGAUUGAUCAGCCGUGGUCCCAACAGGAGGCCCUGGGCCAAAACAACAGCUUUCCUAGUACCAACCAGAACCAUUCCACGGGAAAUGGCCAAGAUUACAUGGACUUUGGGUUUGGAUUUGACCAGCAAUUUGGACAACUUUCUUCUCUACAGAAAUCGAACCAGCCAUUUGGACAGACUUUCUCUCUCCAGGAAUUGAACCAGCCAUUCGGAUUUGAAUUGUUCGGACAGUCUGCCAAGACCCUUGGACAGAAGUCUUCUAAGGCAUCAAGCCAGAAGUACGAUGACAAUCCCUAUCGCGAAUUCAAUCCAAAAUUUGACCGGCAGCCUACUGGACGUCCACGCGUGCUGAUUAUGGAUCGCAACGGCCAGCGUGUCCUCUAA